GCGCGGGCAACGGCGGUGGCGGCUCGGAGCCGGAGCUUUGGGAUAGUCGGCGGCGAUGAGCGGCCGAGCGGCGUGGGCCGCCCUCCAGCUGCGGCAAACUUUCGAUCUCGCCAACCGGGACGUGGCGCGCUGGUUCCCGGGUCACAUGGCGAAAGGCCUGAAAAAGAUGCAAGCCAGUCUGAAAAAAGUGGAUUGUAUAAUUGAAGUUCAUGAUGCACGGAUUCCUUUAUCUGGAUGCAAUCCUAUAUUUAAGGAGACCUUGAAUAUUAGACCACAUCUACUGGUGCUGAACAAAAUGGACAUAGCUGAUCUAACAGAUAAACAGCGAAUUCUGAAGCAAUUGGAAGAACAAGGAGUCCAAAAUGUCCUCUUUACAAACUGCUUACAGGACAGGGAUGUACACAUAAAACAAAUUGUUCCCACUGUGGUAGACCUCAUUCAGAAAAGUAACCGGUAUCAUCGAACAGAGAAUAUGGAGUAUUGUUUGAUGGUGAUUGGUGUACCAAACGUCGGGAAGUCAUCCCUCAUUAAUGCCAUGCGAAGAAUGUAUUUAAAGAAAGGCAAAGCAUCCAGAGUUGGUGGUGUGCCAGGGAUUACCAGAGCUGUCCUCACAAAGAUUCAGGUUUGCGAGAGACCCAUCGUAUUUUUAUUAGAUACUCCUGGUGUCUUUUCUCCUCACAUUGAAAGCGUGGAAGUAGGGUUGAAGCUGGCACUCUGUGGAACAAUAUUAGACCAUUUGGUAGGAGAGGAAGUAAUUGCGGACUAUCUACUCUUCAGCCUCAAUAAACAUCAGAAGUUUGAUUAUGUUGAACGAUACCAGCUGGGAGAGCCCUGUGACGACUUGCAAACAGUGCUGAAAAAAAUAGCUGUGAAAUUAGGCAAGACGCAGAAAGUGAAAGCCAUUACAGGAGUGGGUAAUGUGAAUAUUCUCAUGCCGAACUACAGUGCAGCUGCUUACGACUUCAUCAGAACGUUCCGGAAAGGAGACCUGGGGAAGGUUAUGCUGGAUUAAUGUGAGUGCUCCUGUUCUGAGAAUCAGAAGCCAGCAAUACUGGACGUCUAGGGUUACCUGUACAUCAUCAGAAAGGAUCUCAUCCGUGAGAACUGUGUUUAAGUCCUCGUCCACUGUCAUAAAAUGUUUAUUUUUUUAAAAAAAGCUGAUGAUGUAGAGCAUGACUGCUGCUUAACAUGAAAUACAUGUGCUCUGCUGACAGCAACUUACAAGAAAAUACAGUGGAUUCCAGUUAACUGGGACACCUUGGCCCCAGUACAUUCAUUGUGGCCAAUUAAGUGGCCAAUUAGCCAAAGUUUUAUGAAAAUAGUUAAAAAGUUUUUUUUUAAAAACUACUGUUUAACUGAGGUGAAAAUUAUGUGUUUAAUUGAAAUACAGAACAAAUUAAAACACUAUCAAUAUUACUGCAGUACUAUAAAACUAUGCAUUAGCUGCUAAUAGGUAUUGACAGAGGAAUUACACUGCCAUGUUCUUUUGAUUGACUGUAAACUAACAAACUCAGCUCAAACACCUAGUACAGAUAAUGGACUGCGUUCAUACAAUUCUUAACAAUUGCAUCCUCCAAAUCUUUAUUUUCACUAACACUCAAGAUGUUUGUCAAUACCUUCAAUUUCUUCGUAGUUUCUAACUUGUUGAAGUAGUGAAAUCAUUUAUUUUCACUCUGAGCUGUUUCUGCCACCUUCAAGCCUGAAUGUUUGAAACCGCAGUGAGCAAAAACAGUUCUGAAUAGUCUGACUGCUUAUUUCUUGCAACUAUCAGUUAUAAAAAUCACUGCUUUUUUAACAUAAGCAUGCACAACUGAUGUUAUUUAAAAACUGUUUGCUGUAAACACCAUGUAGUGUCUAAUGGCUUGUCUUGGCACUAGUUAGAAACUGUUCAGUGACAGUCUCCUAUCCCAAUCAGGCAGCAUAUAAACAAAGGGAAUCCCGAGUUUUUUCUCCAUUAGUUUUUGUUCUUUAAGACUUGUCCCAAAUGAGCAGCUGUCCUGAUUAACCAAUGGCCCAAUUAACCGGAAUCUGCUGUGUAACAGCAUCAGAUUCUUCUACAGAUUAAAAUCUGCAGUAAAAUCUGAAAAUUAAACCUAUCACAUUGCUACGCCAGGUUCCAUUCAUGGUUCGGAAAAGAAUUGUGAAAUUAACCAAUUAAUUUCCUGAAGUGAUUGUGGUCUUCUCUCUCAGUUAUAUUGAAAGUUGAAGUUUGGAAUCUCAUUAAUUUGGCAUCAUCUGACUUUUUAUUAAAAUAGUGAUAGUAGCUGGUGGUAUUAUUGAGAGAUGUAGUUUUGAGAAAUUUGCCCAGUUGGACAGAGGCUUCAGACUUGCACAAGUUCUCCCACAGAAAUCUAAAUAUGUCCAAAUAAUGCCUCUGUAGAAACAAAUCUAUCAGUUGUACUUUAUUAUGGAUGAAAAUGGAUCUAGUGCUUUCCUGGCAUAUAUGACAAAUAAAUUUUUGUCAGGCUUCCAGCCGGGUACAAAUUAUAUUUGAUAUCUGUACCCGGCUGGAAGCUCAAGAAAAGUUUAUUGAUUAUGAAUAUUUGUCAUAGUCUUCAAGGUUUAAAAUAAAAUUGAAUAAUUUAUGCUGGAAAUGUUUGUAUGGGCAAAUAUGCAAAUGGUUAAACUGUGGCUUGAUUAAAAAAAGUCUGGUUGAAAGUGUGUUCCUGUGCUGGCACUCUGGCUUUUCAAUGACCACAAUGUCUGUAAAUGAGUGAACUGCUGACACCCUCACUUGUUCUCCCUUAGACAAUGUGAUCAUUUCUAACUUACUGAUAAACCCUUGUACAGACACUUCACAGAAACAGAAGGCUUACAUAAUGUCUGUAAGGAAUUUGUUCCCCCAUGAGUGCAUGGGUUUUCACCCAUAUUCCAAAGACUUAGUAGGUUAAUUAGUCAUUGUAACUUGUUCUCUAAUUAGGCUAGGGUUAAAUAGGUUGCAGGGCUGUGUAGAUCGUUGGGUUAGAAGGGCUUGUUCCACACUAAACAAAAGACAACAAACUGCUUGAACUCUGGUACACUAACAUUACCCACAUUAACAAAAUUUUGUUUGCAGAGAACUUUUUACAUUCAGUUGUUCCAUAAAACACAAUAGCUCUGAAUAAUUAUUAUUUAUAAGGAAUACAUAUUUUGUUGGAUUGUGUUUUUUUAAUAACUGGAUUCCAGUUAAUUGGACCAUUGGUAAAUCAGGCCAGCUGUUUAUUUGGGAUCAUUCUUAAAGAACAAAAGGUAAAUCAAGAAAAUAGCCUGGAUUCCCUAUGUUUAUUUGGGACACUAUGCUGCUUAAUUGGGGCAGGAGACUGUUGCCAAAUAGUUCUGUGUUUGUCAUGUGCACUUACAUUGACAUUAACACAUUAUGCCUUGCUGAGAGUGAUCAGUUUUUAAAUAGCGUCUGUUGAAUCUGUGUUCAAAAAUGAAUGAUUUUUGUUACUGAUAAUUGGCGAGAAGUAAAUGGUAAGACAAUUUGAAAGUUUGGCGCGCCAUGGUUUCAAUCAUUCAGGCUUAGAGAUGCCAGAAAUAGCCGGGAGUGAAAAUGAAACAUUUUCACUACUUCAGUAAGUUAGAAAUUACGAAGAAUUUGGAGGAUGCAGUCGCCUGAAGCAUUAUCUGUAUCAGGUAUCUGCACUGAUUUUGUUUGUUUACAGUCAAUCAAAAGAAUUCCUCCAUUCAUAACUAUUAGGAACAAAUACACAGUUGUAUAGUACUGUAGUAGUAUUUGUAGUUUUCUAAUUUGUUCUGUAUUUCAUUUAAAUACAUAAAUUGUUACUCAGUUGAACAGUAGUUUGACUUUUUUUAUACCUUUUUAACUAUAUUCACGAAACUUUGGCUAAUUGGGGUAACUGCCUAAUUGUUCCAAGUGUACUGAUCCUGAUGUGUCCACUGUGUAUAUAAAAACAAAAUGGUCAAAAAUUUAGGCACCACUAAAGAGAAGUGGUUUCAGGGAAAAUACUUUCCAGUAGAAUUUAUAGAAUUACAACCAUAUCUUGUCAACAUGUUUCUAAGUCAGUUUUAUAUGUAUAUAAAAUGUAUAUGAUAAAGAAAAAAGUAAAAACUGCUCAAGAAUUUUAACCCAUCACAUUGAAUGCAGCCUGUUUUUUUUUAAAUUCAAUAUAAAUGAAGCAGUAAUUUUGGAUAUUUUAAGGAUGUGUGCUAUUAAAUCAAUCUUGGUACCAUUGUUUAACCAUGUAAAUCUAGUUUCUGUUUUAAUUGCAUUUUUAAUAAAGCUACAACA